GUGUGAAAUGGGUUUAAAGUGCUCUUUUAUUAGAAUGCAGCGGUAAACCAGUGCAGGCUGGACUUGGCAUCGAACACAGAAACAGAAAGAGAGGUCAUUUAAUGCGGUGGACACCGAUGGAUGUCCGGCGGAUAAUCAGUGGUGUCGCCGGCGCCUGGUGUGUAGUGUUUUAAGGGCGAGUUGGCGCUGGGCUGAAGCCAGCACCGCUGCAGCAGUGGCUGGAUGAGCUGCAAUGCUCAGCUGAAGACGAGAGACACAAUAACAGCAAUAACAGUGAAAAAGCGGGUGUUUCUAUUCAGUUAGGACGACCUGGAAAACCUGUAGUGUCUUCAUUUCGUAGGAUAUCUGUCCGUUUUCCCGUUAAAUCCCGUUCUCGAGCUUUAUUUCCCGUUUAUAUGUGACCGGAGUGAGGAUGAAGAGGAGAGAAGUGCUCGAAGAGGGACGGACUUCUCUGCUCUGCGGUGGGUCCAGUUUGCUGCACUGAAGAUGGGCACUGGAGAGCAGAGGUGGCCGAGCCCAGGCGGCUGAGCUGAGCUGGCACUGAGCACAGGAAGAAUGCAUUUGUCCUCCAUUGGCAUCAGCAAACGCUGCUUCCUGGUCUCCUUGGCCCUCUGUGCCCUGCUGCUGCUGCUAAUCUCCACCCUGCAGACACCUCAGCGCCAGGGGGAGCCCCCCCAGCCUCGGCCCCAUGCCAGGCCCACCAGAGCCGGGAGAGGGAACAAACCCCACAGCACCCGCAAUGCCACCGGGCACAGCGCUGCCGGUAAUGUCAAGGAUUUCAGCGUCACCCGGCCGCAUCCUCCUGAGGCUGGACCCCGGAGGCCGGAAGGGAACGCGCCUCAUGCCAGCUUGCCUGGCUCUCAGUCCAGGGAGCCUCUGGAGCUGAAGGACAUUUUUAUCGCUGUUAAGACCACUAGGAAGUAUCACAAGUCACGGCUGCAGUUGCUAUUUCAGACCUGGGUGUCGGAAGCCAAGGAACAGACGUUUAUCUUCACUGAUGGUGAGGAUGCGGAGCUGAAGAAGAAAGCAGGUGCCAACAUCAUCAACACCAACUGUUCAGCUGCCCACACUCGUCAGGCCCUGUGCUGUAAGAUGUCUGUGGAGUAUGACAAGUUCAUCGAGUCGCAGAAAAAAUGGUUCUGCCAUGUGGAUGACGAUAAUUACGUGAUCCUCCCCAGUCUCCUGCAGCUGCUAUCCUCCUAUUCCCAUACGCAGGAUGUGUACCUGGGCCGGCCCAGCCUGGACCACCCCAUAGAGACUGCCGAGAGGGUUAAGAGUGAUGGAUCAGUGUCUGUUAAGUUCUGGUUCGCCACUGGAGGUGCCGGGUUCUGCAUCAGUCGAGGCUUAGCACUCAAGAUGAGUCCGUGGGCGAGUCUGGGGAACUUCAUCACUACAGCGGAGAAAAUCCGUCUCCCUGACGACUGCACGAUAGGGUACAUCAUCGAGGCUUUACUGGAGGUUCCUCUGAAGCACACGCGGCUCUUCCACUCCCACCUGGAGAACCUGCAGAGACUGCGCACUGACAGCGUUCUCAGACAGGUGACACUCAGCUACGGUGGCUUUGAGAACAAGAGGAACGUGGUCAGCAUCGCAGGAGGUUUCUCCUUGGCUGAAGAUCCUUCACGGUUUAAGACGGUCCACUGCCUGCUUUACCCCAAGACUCACUGGUGUCCCCACAAUGUUCACCACUGACCUCAUCAUGCUCUCCUAGAUAUGAAGCGAAGGCUGCCUUGACCCCUGCAUUGUCUAUUCCAGAAAGGCUACUCCACAUUAAAGUGAUAAACACUUGAUCUCUAUCUGCUGGACCUGGAAUGUACAGUUAACACUUGAAACUCAGUUAAGGCCCAGUCGCAUUUGAGUUUGGCAUUAAAUUCUCUCCAGUUCA